AACUACUGCGUUGGGAUGUGAGCAGCAAUAUCCAAAACCUUCAACUGCGCUUUCUGAUUAUCCCUCGUUUCCCCUUUUCCAAUCCAAAUUCAUGACUCUCCUUUUCUUCCGAUUGCUCUCGUAAAUCUCUUCUUUUCUUGUUACUUCAUUUCGCCCGGUGAUGGCGACUCCUCCGUCUGACUCUCCGCCGAGUUCCGCUGCCGGAAAGCCGCCAAACCCAGUCUCUGUAGAACCAUCUAAUGGUGGUAAUCCAGACACAAAGGUAGAGGCUGUGAAGGAGAGUUCGCCCACUUCAGUAUUUGUGAACUCAGAACCAAUUCGGGAAGAGCAAGUACAAAAUGCAAUGAAGUUUCUCUCCCAUCCAAAAGUUAGGGGGUCCCCUGUCAUGUAUAGAAGGUCAUUUCUUGAGAGGAAGGGUCUCACAAAAGAAGAGAUCGAUGAAGCCUUUCGGCGUGUUCCUGAUACAAUGACGGAUGCGUCAACAACGCAGCCAGCUGUCUCUAGUCAAGAUGGGCAGAUAAAACCUUCGUCAAAUGUUCAACAGCAACCUCCAACACAAGUGCUUCAGCCUGCAGCUAUUGCACCUGUGGGUAGCGCACCAAAAAUUGGGAUGCUCUCCCAAUUCCACUGGUAUCAUGCUAUACUUGCUGUGGGAUUUCUAGCUGCAUCAGGUGCCGGAACUGCAGUAUUUCUCAAGAAAUCUGUUGUCCCCAGGUUGAAGUCAUGGAUUCGUAAGGUUGCAUCAGAAGAAGAUGAAGAGGGCCUGUUAAAGAAAAACGACGCAAAACCAAGUGUAGCAGAAGAAGCCGCUGCUGCUGCAAAAGCUGCUGCUGUUGCUGCAGCCGACGUAGCUCGAGCCAGUCAAGAGAUGUUGACAACGAAAAUAGAAGAAAAAAGAUGCUUUGAGGAGCUUCUCAGUAUGUUAAAUGCUCAAUUACAUGAGAUGAAAUCAAUGAGCAAUUCAAUACAGAAGUUGGAAAGUGGACAAAGCGUAAAUGGGAGAAUUGCUCUGGAUGAACAGGACAAGCAAAGGUUCUCGGGAACCAGUUCAAGGCAACCCUAUACCAAUGGCAAGACAGAUACUGAAUCACGUUCAGUAAGAUCUACCUCUCCACCUGUGUCUGCAGAACCUCCUCACCCUAAGUCGUAUAUGGAGAUAAUGUCGAUGAUACAGAGAGGAGAAAAACCUUCGAAUAUAAGGGAGAUCAACGAUGCUCCACCGAACCCCAAUCAGCCGCUAACAAAUCCGCGUGCAGCACCGAGGCCAAAGCCGUGGGAGGUUAGUCAACCACAGAACACCUCUGUCAACACUUACCCGUCGCAAGAGAUCAGCAACGGGACAACCUACCAUUUCCAAGACAACCAAUCGAAUGGAGAUGACGGAGUGCCUUGGUGGCAGAAGAAAAAUGUCAGAAUCACAGAAGUGGAAUCCAGUGAGGAACAUAACUUUGGAUCUUCCAACAUCCCUGCAGCCAACAACCAGCCACCUCAGAGGUCUUGGGUGCCUCCGCAGCCACCUCCUGUGGUGAUACCCGAAGCCGCUGUGGCCAUACGCCAGCCUAAGAAGGCUGCAGUUCAGGCAGAGCCAAUGAAUGACGACCAAUUCUUAGCUCGUUCAGGAGAUGCAACUGAUGAGCUGCAGAAGAUCACCCGAUACUCCGAGACUGCAGGUGGGUCCGUGGAGGGUAGUUCCGGGUUUACAGACCCUUCGGCUACUGAGAUACAAAGGGAGGAGGAUAAUGGCUCGUAUCUGGAGACCUAAGAAGUAAGCAUCAGCUCGUGUUGAUUCGAAAUGAUCUGCUUACAAACUAGUCUAUCCGAUCAUAUGAUUUUCUGCUCUAUGCUAUACUCCAAACUCUAAAUAUACAAUGUGAAGAUACAUGUUUUGUGCAUAUAUGGCUUAGACCACAUAACUUCAUGGACA